AUGAGCAAACCAGGGGAUUAUGCUGCCGUGCGACGGGACAUAGUUGCCCAAUUGAAGAAGCCGGACUAUGAUGAUGGUAGCGCUGGCCCUGUAUUCGUUCGCCUGGCAUGGCACUCUUCGGGUACCUACGAUCUUGAUUCCGACACGGGUGGCUCAAAUGGCGCCGGAAUGCGAUAUGAAGCAGAGGGAGGCGACCCAGCCAACGCGGGUCUGCAGUACGGACGAGCUUUCUUGGAGCCGGUGAAGGAAAAGAAUCCUUGGAUCACAUAUGCCGAUUUGUGGACGCUAGCAGGUGCAGUGGCCAUCGAGGAGAUGGGCGGACCCAAAAUCGAAUGGAAGCCUGGCAGGACCGAUCUGGUCGACGAUUCGAAGGUACCGCCCCGUGGCCGGUUGCCCGACGGAGCGCAGGGUGCAGACCAUCUUCGUUUUAUUUUCAACCGCAUGGGAUUCGACGACCAGGAGAUUGUUGCACUGGCUGGUGGCCAUAAUCUGGGCCGUUGCCAUAUCGACCGUAGUGGGUUCGAGGGUCCCUGGGUGAACAACCCAACUCGGUUCUCGAAUCAGUUUUUCAAGUUGCUUCUAAAGCUGCAGUGGAAGCCCCGCACACUCUCCAACGGCGUUCAGCAGUUCAACUACUUUGAUCCGGACGCGGAAGAGGGUGAUGAACCAUUGAUGAUGCUUCCCACCGACAUCUCCUUGAUCACCGAUCCAUCAUUCCGACAGUGGGUGGAGCGAUAUGCGGAAGACAAGGACUUGUUUUUCGACCAUUUCGCAAAGGUGUUUGCUAAGCUGAUCGAGCUUGGGAUCAAGCGUGACGAGAAGGGCACCAUUAUUAAUACGGAUAACAUCAAGGGAGGAUACGUGUCCGCACCGAAGAAAAGUAAUACGCCUACUGGACCGCUAAAGAGCCAGACUGGGGGAGAUCGGGCACGACUGUAG